GUGCAGACGCUCAGACAGAUGUCUGUGGCAAAGCUGCCCUCAACACCAAGGCAGAGACCAGGAUCGUUGGCGGCCAGGCCGCCGCUGCGGGGUCGUGGCCCUGGCAGGCCAGGCUGACUAUAAGGGGGGCUCUCUGUGGGGGGUCUCUGAUCAACAGCCAGUGGAUCCUGAGUGCUGCUCACUGUUUCAGCAGCACCAGCACUUCAAAUGUGGUUGUUUACCUGGGAGAAACCUCGAUAGACAACAGUCCUAACUCCGUCAGCAAGACGGUGUCCCAGAUUAUUGUACAUCCAAACUACAACAGCCAAUCUCAGGACAACGACGUUUCUCUGGUGAAGCUGUCCUCGUCUGUGACCUUCAACAACUACAUCAGCCCCGUUUGUUUGGCGGCAGCGGGCAGCGACUUCCCCGGCGGGACCACUGCCUGGGUCACCGGCUUUGGGACUCUUUCAUCUGGAG